UGCCGGCGGCUGACGUGUUGGAGCCAGCUUGUUGUAACAUGGAACAGUACGGAUUACAUCGGUUUGUCAGCUGAGCGACCAGAGCUUCGCUAUAUAAUGCACUCUUCUUGCGAUUUCGCCAUCUCGGUCUCGGAUUGCGACACACAUCCCCCGUCCGAUCUUCAAGUCAGGGACCUGCAGCACUGACGUCAAAAUGGACUCGACUAAACCCCAACCUCCACUUAUCUCAACACCGGAGACAUCGGUUUCAAAGUCGAAGGACGACACCGCAGUCUGGAGUCUCCGCCAUAUUCAGGUUCUCUGGUCUUGGGCUGCCCGGCCAAAGCCAACCCGGGUCCCGUAUCCUCCGGUCUCUUCAAUUCCUCAUACCUCUGCCGCUCGACUUUCUGAACCCGACGUCUCGCCAACACCGUUCCCAAGCGAGCCGGUCCUCGCGAAGACCUUUCAUCAAGAUGCGCCCGUCAAGCCCAAGACGGUCCUCUACCUCGCCUAUGGGUCCAACAUGUGCGCCGAAACUUUCCUGGGCAUGCGCGGCAUCCGUCCGCUGAGCCAGGUCAACGUUUCGGCGCCGUCUCUCGACUUGACGUUUGACCUGCCGGGCAUCCCUUAUCGCGAGCCGUGCUUCGCCAACACAGCGUUACGCAAGUUCCCGGGCAAGAAAUCGCCCUUUAAUUUCUCGAAGGGCCUGUACGGUGUUGUCUACGAGGUUACGCUCGAAGACUACGCGAAGAUCGUCGCAACCGAGGGCGGCGGCGCAAGCUACCACGACAUCCUCGUCCCCUGCAUCGUCCUCCCGCCCAGCGUGCGCGUGCCCGAGAAGCCGACUAUUCCGAUCCCUCCCACCCCGUUCCUGGCACACACCCUGUACGCCCCUCGCCUGCCCGACACCGCCACCGGUCCCAAUCCUGAAGACAACGACGACAACAACACCGACGACCCGUCCGAACCAGAAACCCCACACCGAUCCCUCCCAUCCUGGCUCACCCGCCUCCUCAGCCCUGUCCGCCGCCCGGAACCCGACUACGCUCAGCCGUCAGCCCGCUACCUCAAGCUUCUCCGCGACGGCGCGCGCGAGCACGAGCUCCCAACCGACUACCAGGCUUACCUUGACGCCCUGCAGCCCUACACCGUCACGACGCGCCGCCAGAAGUGGGGCAUGGUCCUCUUCCUGGGCCUCUGGAUGCCGCUGCUCAUUACCGUAAUGACGUGCGGGCGGCUGUUUGCCGACAAGCGGGGAAGGUCGCCGCCCUGGCUCGUGGCGUGCAUCACGCUGAUGUUCAACCUCGUUUGGCGCAGUUAUGAUGCAGUGGGCAAGAAGAUCUUUCUGGAUGGGGAGAGGACUCUGGAUAGCGAGGGCUCGGGGGCUGCGGAGGGUAGGAGCAGGAGGAAGUCGAGCUUUGCGGAUCGGCUGAGAGGGAAAGAGGAGGUGGCGGAUGAGGAGGAGAGGGCUUUGUUGGAUGGGUAUCAAUGAUCUUGGCGGUGACAGGGCCAAUCGUGACUGAUGGAGGGAUCCUGAUACUAUGGGGAAUUGGUUGGAUAUGGUUGGCGAUGUUCUCCAAGUGAAAGAGCUGCAUUUCGAUGUAGUUCCUGUCAAA